AUGCCGCCUCGAUCGUCCUUAACGUCCUCCUUCUCUCUUACCGACUCCAAUAACGAGGUCGUCUGUCCGCUGAGAAAUCAGGAUGGCUCGAGUUGCCGCAAGCGCUGCAUCGGCGAGAAGAGGUAUCGCUCUAUGCAGGAGCAUAUCCGUCGAGCGCAUCCCGAGCACUAUAUCUCGAAGCUCCCAGCGACCGAGGAGAGCUUCCUGCUCAUGAUCAACACCCCCCCUUCGGAUCGAUCCCAGGCGCAGAAUCCCGCUGGCCCACCCCAAGCAGGUCUCGACCCGAGUCAAGGUUACCCGCGCGAGCGCCAUGCAUAUCUUCGAGACGGCUCUAGCGCUCCCGGCACGCCCAAAAAUAACGACGAUUUCCCUGGGGGCUCGCUGCUGCCUGCCGCGAGUGCUGCUGCCGCCCUCGCUCAGUUAGGCGGCCAGCACAAAUUUGAAUCGGAUUGGGACGCCGAAGCGGGCUGGCAAUCCGACAACGACGGCCGAAGAAUUCCGAGGAGUACGAUAGAGUUGCCCCCGAUACAUCUUGCGAGCGAACCAACCAGUGAACCGUUUUCCUCGCUAAACCCAGUACCACGCAGAGACUUGCUGCCCUCGAUAUUGUCGAAUUCGCCGCCGGGCCGCUCGUCAACCCUCCCUCCGCUCCAGCGGUCGCUCGGGCCUAAUCGGCCUCGAAAGCAGUCCAUUACCAAGCGCGGCCACAAGAAACAGAGGUCGCGAGGGUCGGCGGCCGACUGGCUCAGGAGAAUCCAAAAUGACGAGCGUCUCAAGCCCGGGGGAGUGGAUCGCAAGGCCCAUUCCGUCGAGCCCGCGGCCGAUUACGGCAAGAGAUGGGAGGACCUUAUCGACGCUGCCGCCUCAGCCACCGAGGAUAUAGACGAGGACAGGACUCCUGUAAGUCGUGACCGGCACAGUCAUUUCCCUUCUCUAACUUUCCAGGUGCCCCAAUCUCCUAUAUCCAUACACCGGGCCUCUCUCCCCCCACUCCCCCAUCAGCAUUUCCAAGGUUAUCAAGCUUCUCCUCUGCAACAAGCUCUUACCCCACCGUCAUUUGCCCAAGAGAACCCCGAGCCCUUCCCGUCUGUCGAGAGCGCUGAGAGCGGAGAGAACUUCCGUAUUGCGGUCGCCGGACUCGCAGGUUCGUCGCCAGGUUACUCGUCCCAGGAUGUGCACAUAUACUGUGCCGCUUGUCAGAGGACGUCGAAGCUCAGAGAAUCUUACGCCUGUACCGAGUGCAUUUGCGGGCUAUGCCGAGAUUGCGUCAACAUCCUGAUGGAGGAGCAAGGGGCCCGCAGAAAAUGUCCACGAUGUGCAACGAUUGGUGGCAGGUUCAAGCCGUUCCAGUUGGACAUCAGAUGAAGACGCUCGCCUUAUUGGCGUCUAGGCCGACACGUGUAAUUCGGCUGCGCAUUCGCCCGGAGCCCCCAAGAUCCAUAUCUCGGUAUCGACAAUUUCUCACCUUUCACCAACUGACUUACCGACAACACACCACACCACCUAACACCACACCACCCUGCGGCUUUCCCCAUAAAAGAGUCUCGACAGAAGGCCACGCUGAUUAGUGGCCAGCGCCAGCUGAUAUUCCAGACCGGUGCUGAAAACCUGGACACGCGCUCGCGAUCGCUCCCGGAAUUGCCUGAUUGCGAAGAUGUAGGGCGGCUCCUCCUCUUUAUACACCGUUACGGGAUACAUCGCAUGACAUAGGAUCGGUGCAUUCUGGGUAUAGAAAGCGUUUGCAUUUGGAAUCGGCCAGCCCCAGGAACUCGUUCGUUUCCACAUUCCCCGGGGAGGACGAUAUCCGUUAUACCACCGGCCGCUUCCUUAUACCACCCCCUUUUUUCUCAUCUCGGGCUACGGAGAAGGAUCGAUUGGUCAGGAGUUCCGCGGGAGAGACCCGGGCUAUCUAUGAAUUCCCCCUCAACGUCGGAAACUGUCGAGACGAGAAUUGCUCGUAUUUUCCUUUGCUGCAUGACAUUCGUAAGGUGGGGGGGGGGGUUCUUGUUUUG